AUGGACGACCGCUACCGCCAAAAUGGACUGCCCACGCCUACAGGAGGCCAGUAUCAGCCGCUAGCCCAGCAGCCCUACGGCGGUGCGCAGCACCAGCUGCCUACGCUGCCACCCCUCCAACAGAGCGGCACCCAGUUCUCCUCGUUGUACGGCCACAAUAGCAACCCGCAGACGCCUAUCACGCCUCACACGCCUGCAACUUCCGCGUCAAGCACCAGCACCACCAUCCCGCCUAUCGCUCCACAGCAUCCGCCGCUCCGGCCAAUCCAGCCCUCCCCGUCAUACCUCUCACUCACCUCGUCCUACUCUCAACCUCCCCUGCUUCCAACUGCGCCGGCGCACUCCAACCAACACCACAUAGCGCCCGCGCCGCUGUCAACUGGACUACAGGAUGUGCGCGCCGGGGGGCUAGGCCUGACACCCCACUCGCAGCUCUAUCCUCAUCCGCCGGUCCUGUCGAACCAAGAGCCAGAGCCGGUGCAUGUCGUGGGCCAGCAAGGCCGCCGCGGUGUGCUCCCCACGCAUCCCGGGCGACCUUCGCCGGCAGUGGGUAAGGCAAUCACCAACCCCAACAAGAACGCGGAGGGCAAGUACGAGUGCCCGCACUGCAACAAGACAUACCUGCAUCUGAAGCAUCUGAAGCGUCAUCUUCUCCGGCACACCGGCGAGCGGCCCUAUCAAUGUCAUCUGUGCAAAGAUACGUUUUCGCGCAGCGACAUCCUCAAGCGCCAUUUUCAAAAGUGCUCAAUACGACGUGGAAACCCCACUGGGGCAAGUCAUCUUCAGAAUGCUCAGUCUCAUCUACAGAAGAACCGCCCGCCAAGCGGUGCAGAGGCCAACUCGUAUCUCCACCAUAUCGGCACAUCCAUGUCUUAUUCCGAUGCUGCUUAUGGUAACACCACCCUUGGCGGGAUGCCCCCCAUGCAAACCGAUGCAUACGGCGAUGGGCUCCCAUCUAUGAAUGCUCCCCAGUCGUUAUCCGCGCGAACCUCGCGAUCCAACAGCCUCAUCCGUCCUGGCAGUGGAGUCGAGGAGAACCGAAGGAGCAUGUCUGCGCUUGAACUUGGAAGCAAUCGUGUCAAUUUCAACGAUUUCCGCGGCCCAAAUGGCCUGCCGAACAGUCUAUCCCAUGAUCUUAGCUCGUAUGGCACGCAGCAGAACCAGACGUCUGCGGCUGUCCCAAAUGGUGCAAACCAUUAUAGCUACGACAAUACCAUGGGGCCUCCCGAGAUGGCCCAGAACAAUAUGCCCGUCAAAUCUGAGGAUACCGGCUCAGCAACUUAUGGACGCCCCACGCUACCCAAUGUUGAUGGCCUGACCAACGCACAAGACAGCUCUAUGCGGUGGGGCAGCUCGUUCAACGGGGACCCACAAGACAACUUCCUCAUGACGAGUAUGGCGAAUGAACCUUCCCAUGGGAGCAUGUUCAGUAGGCUAUACUCCCAAGAUCCCGGGUUUUCUGGCACCACUUCCCUCCUCGAUACCUGGGUUCUCGGCUCGUCUGAUCCUUUGCGGAACAAGGCGAGCGCAUUGGUACAUUUCUGCUACCCGGAUCCGUCCAUGUCGACCUCGGGAUCGAAUGCAACACACGGUUAUGAAACACUACAGGCGGUGUUGAGCCCGGAGAACGUCAAGCACUUUCUGGAGCAGUAUAAGAACUACCACAGCCACUGGCCAAUGAUUCACCUGGCGUCAUUUAAUCCCACCAACGCGUAUGAUGGGCUGGUUCUCACUAUGAUCUGUAUUGGGGCCGUGUAUUCCGAGAGAUUAGGCGUCAAGAAGGUUCGCUGGUUGAUGGAGAUCGUAAGGGCUGCCGUAUUCAGGUCAUCUGGGGUCUAUAAACUUGCCAGUCAAAUUCCCCAUGGGGUCGUCGACUCAAACGCACGCUCGUCUACUGAAAUUGAAGAGACUCAGGCCUUGAUACACCUUCAUUCUUUGUUCGUCUGGCACGGGAGUCAGAAGCAGCGGCGACGAGCCCUGGAGGAGUCUUGGGUGCUCGCACGUGUCACCCGCCAUCUUGGUAUGCUUCGUCCUCUGCCGAAUGGGCAUCCGAGCUUCAGCGCACUUCAUCAGCCUGGACCCGUUGAUGGUAACGAAGUCAACACAUGGACUUGGACUUCCUGGGUCGAGCAGGAAAAGCGAGCCAGAGUCAUGUAUCUCAUCUUUUUGAUAGAUGCUUCUGUCGCUAUAUUCUUCAAUGUGGAGCCGCAACUCGACGUCUACGACAUCAAACUUCCACUACCGGCGGACGAUGCAGCCUGGGAAGCCUUGAACGAGGAAGAUUGUGCUUGUGCAUUGGGUCUUCGAGGAGAAGCAGCGCAAGGCAAGAACUUUACUGGCAGCCUCCGCGCGAAGCAGCUGGGCAUGUCAGAAGCCCUUCAAUAUCUCCACCAAGGCGGAGAGUUCCCCGAGCGAGCAACGAAUAUGUUCUCAAAGUUCAUCCUCAUACACGCCAUCCACGUCCAGAUUUUCAGGAUACAGCGGCAAAUCCUUGGUAUUUGCGGUCAUUCCGGUCAUAGUGGCUUCUCCAGUGGAACUAGUACACCUCAGUCCCAAACGGAGUGGACAUCUACGGAUGGAUCGAUUAGCAACCCGACAAGCGGACGUGCAACUCCAACGGAUUCCAUUAACUCCCGCUAUUCACAUACCCACCAAACGCUUCGCUUGACGAUGGCCGCUCUCGAGUUAUGGAAGAGACAAUGGGAUGCCGAUGUGCAGAUUCAGUACCGCCAGCGUCAGCGGCGGGUGGGCUUCUGCAGAGACGCUAUCCAUUUCUAUUUCCUCGCUACGCUUUUCCUCCGGAGCUCUCGACGCGAAGACUGGGCGUUCCGACCUGAUGCUCGCUGCCAGCAAGUCUUCAAUAUGUUGAAGCAGAUCAGAGCUCAUGUUGCCUCGGAUUCGGUUUCAAAAGGACUAGAUAUCGGGAGCAUCACCGUUGUGAACGAUAACUACGGAAUUGCAGAUCUGACACUCGACAUGAAGCUCCUAUUCACACCCGUCGAUGAGACACCUUGA